AUGAGCAAAUGGUACAUAACAUUAUUUUUUUGUGUUUUAAUCGUAUUUGCAUAUAUGAACAAUAAAGCUAUUGCAAAUAGUCCUGCUCCUUUGGAUCAAGGAAGUGACCCAGAAAACCCCCUAUUAUGCAGAGAUCCUGAAGAAAUUAGGAAAGCAGCAGAACUUAUGAACGAAGCUGUGAUACAUUUACAAUAUCAUGCUACAAGUACAGAGAAUUACAUAUUAAUUUCUAAUUAUAAUAAUGGUAGAAGCGUAUAUUUUAAGAAUCAUGGAGGUCAUACAAUAAUUGAAAAAUUAAAUAAUAAAAUCUCUGAUUCCAAUAAGUAUAAUACCAUAAUAAAGGAGAUAUGUGAUUUAAAUCGUAUAAAAAUUGUCGAUGGAAACGCUCUUACAGGAAAAGUUGUUCGUGUAUAUAGUCCAAAUUUAGUAAUGGUACAACAACGUUGCAGAAACCUUUUUGAGUUACCUCAAAAAUAUUUUUAUGCUUUAGCCGAAAAAUUUGAAAUAUCAGAAAACACAACAGUAAUUGUCUGUGCGUCAGCAAAUAUAAACGAUCACAACCGUUCUGAUAAAAAAUUCUAUAAAAACACUAUCUUAGAAAGUGCAAAUUUAUUUAAAACUGAAGUAAAUUCUGAAAUCGACAUUAGAAAUGGUGAAUUAAAAAAAUUGUUUGUUAACUUACUCGGAUUUUUCAUUAAAAAGGAAGAUGAACAUGUUGAUCUUACAUGUGUCAGCUCUAUUUAUGAUAAUGUUUCAAAUGCCAAAAAUCCUUUUACUAAAAUGUGCAAAGCAUAA